AUGGGCUCAAGGCCUAUUGCCGAGGAGUUAGAGAAGCAUUUUAGCUCGCCGUCACUUCAAUUCGACUCAGAAGAAUCCGCUAUGGUCGAAGAAUUAGUAGAGAAGCUGCUGAUAAGCAGCAGACCGUUAUGGGCACAUUUACUACCCAAGAAUGUUCUUGUGCCAUCAGAUCGGCAAUAUUAUGCAGACACGCGAUCAAAAAGAUUUGGAAUGAGUCUUGAUUUAUAUUACAGUGAGCACGUCAGCCAGCAGCUUUGGUACCAGCUUGAUGCCAUCUGCCACGAGAUCGGAGGGGCACUGGCUGAGACCCCAGGACCGUUUCUGAUGAAUUACCAUCCCUCGUACGCUGACUUUACUGUCGUUGCUCUACUUCGAUUCUUCAGCUGUGUUGAUCGGACCCUGUCAGAUCACUUCUACGAUGCUGAACCCCAGCUUCUCAAGCUAACAACUUCUGGAGUCGAAAAGCAGACCGAAGAAGUCAAUCAAGUCGGUCCAGAUGACCCUGGCUUUGAACUCGCACCAGUUUCGUGA